AUGGAUCACGGACACAUGGGCCACGGGGAUAUGGACAUGGGAAAGGACCAGUGCAGCAUGAACAUGCUGUUUACAUGGUCAACAAAGAACCUCUGUCUGGUAUUCCGUCAGUGGCGCAUCACGGGUCCCGUCUCCCUACUCUUUUCCCUUGUCGCUGUUAUCCUCCUGACCGCCGGAUAUGAAGCCGUAAGGGAGCUAACACGGAGGUACGAGGGUGCUUGUGCCAGAGGCGCAAAAGCAGGCAUCCCUGGCCCGGCUACCGGUAUGCAAAAUGUUUUUUUCUUCAGUGCCUCAUUUCUACCUCAAUACAGCCCAGUCCCCUGA